AUGGCCUCGCUGGACCUGCCGUACCGCUGCCCCCGCUGCGGGGAGCACAAGCGCUUCCGGAGCCUGUCGUCGCUGCGCGCGCACCUGGAGUACAGCCACACGUACGAGACGCUCUACAUCCUCUCCAAGACCAACAGCAUCUGCGACGGCGCCGCCGCGGCUGCCGCCGCCGCCGCCGCCGCCUCGGGCUUCCAGCUAGCUCCGGAGCCCGCCGCCCUGCUGGCCGUGCCCGGCGCCCGGCGCGAGGUCUUCGAGAGCACGUCCUUCCAGGGCAAGGAGCAGGCGGCCGGGCCAUCGCCCGCGGCGCCGCACCUGCUGCACCACCACCACCACCACGCGCCCCUCGCCCACUUCCCCAGCGACCUGGUGCCCGCCAGCCUGCCCUGCGAGGAGCUGGCUGAACCGGGCCUCGUGCCCGCCGCCGCCGCGCGCUAUGCGCUGCGCGAGAUCGAGAUCCCGCUGGGGGAGCUGUUCGCCCGCAAGUCAGUGGCGUCCUCGGCUUGUUCGACGCCGCCGCCCGGGCCUGGUCCCGGCCCCUGCCCCGGGCCCGCCUCCGCCUCGCCCGCGUCCCCCUCGCCCGCCGAUGUGGCCUAUGAGGAGGGCCUGGCGCGCCUCAAGAUCCGCGCGCUGGAGAAGCUGGAGGUAGACCGGCGGCUGGAGCGGCUAAGCGAGGAGGUGGAGCAGAAGAUCGCGGGCCAGGUGGGGCGGCUGCAAGCCGAGCUGGAGCGCAAGGCGGCUGAGCUGGAGACCGCGCGGCAGGAGAGCGCGCGGCUCGGGCGCGAGAAGGAGGAGUUGGAGGAGCGAGCGUCGGAGCUGUCGCGCCAGGUGGACGUGAGCGUGGAGCUGCUGGCCUCGCUCAAGCAGGACCUGGUGCACAAGGAACAGGAGCUGAGCCGCAAGCAGCAGGAGGUGGUGCAAAUCGACCAGUUCCUGAAGGAGACGGCGGCACGGGAGGCCAGCGCCAAGCUGCGGCUGCAGCAGUUCAUUGAGGAGCUCCUUGAGCGGGCUGACCGUGCCGAACGGCAGCUGCAGGUCAUCAGCAGCAGCUGCGGCAGCACACCCAGCGCCAGCCUGGGUCGUGGGGGUGGGGGCAGCGGCGCGGGCCCCAAUGCCCGGGGCCCAGGCAGAAUGCGAGACCACCACGGGGGCCCGGCCGUGCCUAGCACAUAUGCAGUGUCACGGCACGGCUCCUCUCCAAGCACAGGGGCCUCCAGUCGUGUGCCAGCUGCAUCCCAGAGCUCAGGCUGCUAUGACAGUGACAGUCUGGAGCUGCCCCGGCCAGAGGAGGGGGCCCCUGAGGACAGUGGCCCUGGGGGCUUGGGCUCACGGGCCCAGGGUGCCAACGGGGGCUCAGAAAGGUCCCAGCCCCCUCGCAGCUCAGGCCUGCGGCGCCAGGCCAUCCAGAACUGGCAGCGCAGACCCCGCCGACACAGCACUGAAGGGGAGGAGGGGGACGUCUCGGACGUGGGCUCCCGAACCACUGAGUCAGAGGCUGAGGGGCCAUCAGAUGCCUCCCGUGCUGGGCCUGUAACGGCUGGGCCAUUGAGCAGCUGCCGGCUCUCAGCCCGCCAGGAGGGAGGCAGUGGACGGGGUCGGCGAGCAGAGAGGGGCAGCCCCUCACGCUCCAACGAGGUCAUCAGCCCGGAGAUCCUCAAGAUGCGAGCCGCCCUCUUCUGCAUCUUCACCUACCUGGACACGCGCACACUGCUGCAUGCCGCCGAGGUCUGCCGGGACUGGCGCUUUGUGGCCCGCCACCCCGCGGUCUGGACAAGGGUGCUGCUUGAGAAUGCACGCGUCUGUUCCAAGUUCCUGGCAAUGCUGGCUCAGUGGUGCACCCAGGCCCACUCGCUGACGCUGCAAAACUUGAAGCCCCGGCAGCGGGGAAAGAAGGAGAGCAAGGAGGAGUAUGCUCGGAGCACCCGGGGCUGCCUGGAAGCGGGGCUGGAGUCCCUGCUGAAGGCGGCUGGGGGGAACCUGCUGAUCCUGCGCAUCUCCCACUGUCCAAACAUCCUCACCGACCGUUCGCUCUGGCUGGCCAGCUGCUAUUGCCGUGCCCUGCAGGCUGUCACCUACAGGAGUGCCACAGACCCCGUGGGCCAUGAAGUCAUUUGGGCCCUGGGCGCAGGCUGCAGAGAGAUUGUCUCCCUCCAGGUGGCACCACUUCACCCCUGCCAGCAGCCCACGCGCUUCAGUAACCGCUGCCUGCAGAUGAUUGGUCGCUGUUGGCCCCACCUCCGGGCCCUGGGGGUUGGGGGCGCCGGCUGUGGGGUGCAGGGCCUGGCAUCACUUGCAAGAAACUGCAUGCGGCUGCAGGUCCUGGAGCUUGACCAUGUGUCGGAAAUCACCCAGGAGGUGGCGGCCGAGGUCUGCCGGGAAGGCCUGAAGGGACUGGAGAUGCUGGUGCUCACGGCCACCCCAGUCACCCCCAAGGCCCUGCUGCACUUCAACAGCAUUUGCCGGAACCUCAAGUCCAUCGUGGUCCAGAUUGGGAUUGCUGAUUAUUUCAAAGAGCCUAGCAGCCCUGAGGCCCAGAAGCUGUUUGAUGACAUGGUGACAAAACUCCAGGCCCUGCGACGGAGGCCGGGUUUCUCUAAGAUUCUGCACAUCAAGGUGGAAGGUGGCUGCUAACCCGGGUGGGGGGCGGCAGGGCCCCUGCCAGCCCCACACCAGGGCACUCUCUUUGGACCUCCGGAGGGACCCUGGUUUGGACUAGACCUUCGGAGGCCUACUGUUAUCCCUGGCUUCCAGAGAGGGGUGACAGUUUCCUGUCCUUCUCCUGGAACUGCAGAGCAACAGGCCUGACCCAGGGUACUGCCUCUCUAGGACAGGGGCUCAGACAAAAGCUGCCCUCGACCCCCACCCUACCCCCAGCUGGAGCAGCCUUCUGGCACAGCCAGCGAGGAGCUGUCCCCACCAGCACCUGGUGUCAUCACCUGGAGGAUCUGCAAUAACCACCCAGUGGCUCCUCAGCUGCUCAGGCAGGCCUUUCCUUCUUGCACCCAGCCUCCCAAUCAGGGGCCUCUGCCAGGCUCCAGCCAGAGGAGGCCCCAGAGGCAGCUCAGACUUGGCAAGGAGGGCUCUUCUCCCCAUACGCUGUCCCAGCCUUCUGUGGGGCAUCCCCUUUAGACAGCCUAGGCUGAGUCCACACUCUCCAGGGCUAACACAGGCAGGCCUAGGGGCCUGGGCACAGGGUCAGCCAAAAGCUGGGGCAUGGCAGUGGGGUAGUGGGGAUGGGUUUGGAAAGGAACAGUCACCCCGAAUUUCUCCCCAGAAUGAGACCACCCCUCCAAGGUGGGGAAUUGCCAGGUGGAGAAAACUUAUUUACUGCUGUAGGAAGACAAGAUCCCUCCUCCCAACCCAACCACCACAUACCCCACCACAUUCCAGAGCUAAAUUCAGAGCUGAAGGUGCAUGUUUCUAUACCUAUUAUUCAUUCCUGAGGGACCCUCUGGAGGGUCAAGGUCCCAGCCCUGGGAAGCCCCUGUCAGCAGUGAGAAAUAGUUCCCAUCUUCAAGGAAUUUCCCUCUGAUCAGGUGCUUGGGCAGGAAUUGGAUGGCCUUCGGGUCCCCACGGCCAUCUGGGAGGGAGGCACUGGGCUGCCCUCUGUACUGGGGCCUGGAGCAAGUUAAGAGGAGGGUGGUUUGCUUUGCUUCCUUGUCCAGCGAACUUGCUUAAAGAUAUAGCUGUGGCAGGGAGCCAGACCCAUGGGGCCAAGGAAAAGGAAGAACAUUCUCAACAGACUUGUUCCCCCUUCCUCAGUCUCCACUGGCCCCAUGGCUAAGGGCUGUGUUGGGGGUCUUCUGCCUAGGGCCAGUGCUGGGGCCUGGGCUGGAGCCACCUGGCUGAGAAGCCACAGAAAGUCAGUGGAGGUUUUCACUGGCCCUUGCACAAUCCCCAAAGGACCAAGGCUCCAAAGACUGAAGUCUCCCCAGUUCUUCCUUAGAACUCCCGCAGGGGUUCAGAGGUUACGGGUCCUUCCAACCUUCAUUUGGAAAGUUCUUUCAAACAUCCAAACUAGAUCCAUGUAGGUUUCCUUCUCUCCUGUAUAGGAUUGGCUCCCAGCCCUAGCCAUUAGGCUGCUGGUCCCAGCUGGCGCUGGGGCCAUCUCAUUUCCCAGUCCUUCCCAGGGACCCAAUUUUCUGCCACAGCCUGGCUUGGACAUCAAGACCCAGCCGUAGGUUACCUUGUAAUGAGUCCUCCAGAGCUGAGACCCCACGGGCACAGCAGUCUACUCCAGCUCCCCUGGCUUCACUCCCUAGCACUGUCCCAGGUCUUUUUAUCAUUGCUGACUUUUUCUCCUGUGGCUUGUUCUGUCCCUGCUCUUUGAAGACCUCAAACACCAAGGGUGUCAUGUUGGCAAUUUCCUGUCCAGUCCUGCACGAAGCCUUGGCGUAUGUGACACCCCUGCGCCCCUACCCCAGAGCAGCUGGCUCCAUUGGCUCCCACCUCCCCAGCCUUGUCCUCAGGAGUCACAGGAAGGAGCAGCACAGCUUUCCUCUCCUCCAGAGGCCUGGAAGGGAGGUGGAGGCCCACUCAGGGCCUGGCUGCCCCUGUUUGCCUGGCCUGCCUUGCCAGCUACACUCCUGUAGCUCCUGCUCUCAUGACCCCAGGACCAGAGGUGCUGUCCUCCCUAUCUCCUGGACAAAGCACAAAAGGAUGCCCUGCUUGGCCUGAGCCUGCCCGACUGAGGAACCUUCUCUGCCCCAGGGUACCCUCUAUCCCUGAAUAUAAGGCUUUGGGCAAUUUUGCUCUGGAUGGUACCCACUGGAAUGCCUGGCACCAGCCCUAGGACAGGAGGUUGGGGUGCAUAGGCAGUGAGCUAGGGUGGAAGAAAAGUGGUGCUGAAAAGACUGAUGCUAUUCGUACGUUCAUUCACUCAUUCAUGCAACAGUACUGAGCACCACCAGCGCUAGAGGCAGAAGGAUGAACAAGACCCCAUUUUGCCUGGUGUGAAGUCCACCCCACGGGUUUGGCUCUUUCCAGGAAACCCCCUAAGUUCUCCAUCCUGUGUUUUCUGGCUGUGUGUGUAAAGGAUGUGUCAUGUUGCACAGGUCUGAGCCCUUGCCAACAGGAAUGACACAUCAGUGUGUCCCAUCGUACUUGCACCCCUCUGGCCGACAGACGUGCACGCUGGCCUUCGCGCAUGCCUUGAGCCCUGGCAGCUUUGCAACACCCUGCCCCCACCAGCAACUUGAUGCUCUUCUUUUGUUCUCUGCUCAGGGGGAUGAGCCCUGCUGCUGAGUGGGGAGUUUUGGCUUGCUGGGACGCUCCACAUUUAUUCACUUCUUUGGCAACCAUACAACCAAGGCUGAGGAUGGGAACAGGGACAGAGGGCCUGGCCAUCCCUGGAAGCACCUCAUCCCAUCUGUACCCACCCAAAGGGGAGCUGUCGUCCCCAUCAUACCUAAUAAGAUGCAAAAAAGGAGUAUCAGAGAGCAAACCAAGGCAGGCCCUGCUCCAGGGGCCCCAGGUGUGUGUAUAGGUCCUAUGAGUGGUGGCCACUUCGUGUCCCUACCACACAGCCUGGCCCUGGCACCUGGGAGGUUGGCAUGCUUGGCUUGAGUACUUCAUGCUUUUUUUAGGCUGCUUCUCCACAACACUGGCAGGAAAUGAAGAUGCAUAUAUAUGCAUCCCUGCAGGGAAAAAGUGGGCUGCCCAGAACCACAGCUUUUCACUGGCCAGGAGAGACCACCUAAGGAGCAAGGCAACUCAUGUUUUCUUAGUCCUGCGAUAGUGGAGUCUGAGCCAGCCCCUCAGGAAUUGCUUCAAAAGGAAAAAAAAAGAAAAAAAAAAAGCCUCUUCCCAAGGCCUGCUCCUCCAAGGUUUGGCUCUGUUCUUUGCCUUUGGGUCCUGCCUGUCCCCCGGUCGUGGUCUCUAGUCCUCUGGGCCACAGGUGGGGAGCUGCCCAGGCCCCAAUCCAAGGCGCUAAGUCAAAGGAGACCUUCCCAGAGUGACUAUUGGUGCCAAAGUCCCAGUUCCUGGUGGACUUGGGGUGAACACAGGAGAUGGUGAGUGGGUGUAUGGCCCAAGUGCCCAGAGAUGUUAACUUGAACCUAUGGGAUCUUUCCCAGCUUCAGUCCCUGGUGAGUGUGACUUCCCUCCCCUGGGGGUCUGCUUCUCUUUUUAUCCCUAGUGGACAUGCUUUCUCACCCAGCCUUGUUCCAGGCCUGUAUUUCUGUAUAUAUUGCUGUGUAUUGUGUGUAUGUAUUUAUUCCUGGACAAGUGUGUUCAUCUGCAGCCCUUGCCUGAGGAUAAGGUUUAGGAUUGGGUGAAGAUCAGACUACCAGGGUCAACUACACAACUACUCCCUCCCCAACCCCUUGGGACCUCAGCCCGUCCCAAAGCAGCCCUGACAAUCAGGCAGGCUCCCCACCAUGAGGCCAAGCCUCCUCAGCCACUGCCAGCAUGGCCCUGGGGGAGGCUUGGCCUCAGGCUCCCCAGCCUUCGCUCUGCCCUGGCAGGGGUCUUGUAUCCAGGGGCAGAGGCCUGAGGUGACCCAGGCUUGCCUUGUGGCUGAUGCCAGCAGGCUUGGUUCUAGUGGGCACCCCUAGUGGGGACCUCCACAACUGGCCCCUAGGCCCUGCCUUCCCACACAGCCAGGCUGCCAUGGGCCUGAGCAGUGAGACGGUAGCUUCCCCACCUCAAGCACAUCAGGUAGAGGGGUGGAGAGCAACUUUUGGUUUUACUUUUGUUUCUAAAGUGGUGCCUGUACCUCCAGCCCCCAGGGGGCCUUCCCUGGCCCCACUUGUCUGCCCCACCCAGGCAUCGCCAUCCCAGCACUUUGCUCCACGUCACCUGUAGAUGCCCUUUGCCGAAUGUACCUGAGUGUAUGUAUUUAAAAGGACUCACGUGGGCAUCAGAGAAUUUAUGGCUCUGUAUCCAAUAAAAGAUGGUGAAACUGGUCUAUCUGCC